UCAGUCAUCUCUCUCUCUCUGAUCGCCAACAAUGGGACUCUGCCUCUCCAAUUCCCAGGACAUUCCCAUCUCUUCUUCUUCCUCGGAGUCUCUCCCUCGCCACCAUUCACAACCGCCCAGAAAACCCCACCCACAGUCCAAACACACGCAACCACAACCAACACCAAGGCAACGGCAACCGUCGUCGGAACGGCCACCUUCUCUGCGCUCGUUCACCGGCCCCGAGCCUCCGCCUCUGCUGCCGUCCUCCCAGAUCAGCCCCGUCCUCUGCAAGCCCUACGCGGACAUAAACGCUCUGUACCAGAUGGACCGCGAGCUUGGCCGCGGCCAGUUCGGGGUCACCUACCUCUGCACCGAGCGCUCAACCGGCCUCCAGUACGCGUGCAAGUCCAUCUCGCGGUGCAAGAUGGUGACCCAGAAGGACAUUGAGGACGUCCGGCGAGAGAUCCUGAUGCUGGAGCACCUGUCCGGGCAGCCCAACAUCGUGGAGUUCAAGGGCGCGUACGAGGAUCGGCAGUAUCUGCACCUGGUCAUGGAGCUUUGCUCCGGCGGUGAGCUCUUCGACCGGAUCAUUGCCAAGGGGAUGUACUCGGAGCGGGAGGCAGCGAGGAUCGGGCGGCAGGUGGUGAACGUGGUGCACGUGUGCCACUUCAUGGGGGUGAUGCACCACGACCUCAAGCCCGAGAACUUCCUGCUCGUCAGCAAGAGCGACGAUGCCCCUCUCAAGAUCACCGACUUCGGCCUCUCCGUUUUCAUCGAACCAGGUCGGUUGGUUCAGUUGUUUUGCUGCAUGUUGUUUGGAUUAGAAUAUUCCUUAAUUGCAGACUCGGUGGAGUUCUGUGUUCUAGGAAGUUUUCCAAAAGUUAUCGCCCAGGUCUUAGGGAAGGUGUACGAGGACAUUGUGGGAAGUGCGUUCUAUGUUGCGCCGGAGGUGUUGAAUCGAAACUACGGGAAGGAAAUCGACGUCUGGAGUGCAGGCGUCAUCUUAUACAUCCUUCUUUGCGGUUCACCUCCCUUCUGGGCAAGGAAUGAGAAUGGCAUAUUCAAAGCAAUAUUGGAAGGCAACCUAGAUCUAGAAAGUGCUCCGUGGCCAUCCAUUUCCUCUUCGGCGAAGGAUCUCAUCACGAAAAUGUUGAUGAGGGAUCCUAAGAAAAGGAUCACUGCCGCGGAGGCCCUUAAACAUCCUUGGCUCCGGGAAGAUGGAGUGGCAUUUGAUAAACCUAUUGACAAUGUUGUUUUGCGGAGGCUCAGGCAAUUUAGAGCGUCGAACAAGCUGAAGAAACUUGCUCUGAAGGUAAUUGCACAAAACCUUUCGGAAGAAGAAAUCAAGGGCUUGAGACAAAUGUUCGGCAACAUGGACACUGACGGAAGCGGUACCAUCACAUUCGAAGAAUUUAAAUCCGGAUUGGCUAGGUUGGGAUCGAAGCUCGGUGACGCAGAAGUAAGGCAGCUAAUGGAUGCGGCCGAUGUCGACAAGAGCGGGAUCAUUGAUUACACUGAAUUCAUCACUGCCACGAUUAACCGCCACAGGCUUGAGAAGGAAGAUAGUCUGUUCAAAGCUUUCCAAUACUUCGAUGAAGACAACAGCGGGUUUAUCGCGAGAGACGAGCUGAGACACACUAUGGCACAAUACGGAAUGGGGGACGAAGCCACCAUAGACGAGAUCAUCAAGGAUGUCGACACAGACAAAGAUGGGAAAAUCAAUUACGAGGAGUUUGUGGCCAUGAUGAGAAGACGAACUCAAGAUCAAAAUGGAAACGAGAGAUGGUGGAAAGGAUCGCCAACAAUGGGACUCUGCUUCUCCAGGUCCAAAUCCCAGAACAUUCCCAUCUCUUCUUCUUCCUCCGAGUCUCCCCCUCGCAGGAAAGCCCACCCACGGUCCAGAGGCCCGCAGCCAAAACCACCGAAACCACCUUCGUUCACGGGCCCGCAGCAGCCGCCGCCGUCCUCCCAGAUCGGCCCCAUCCUCCGCAAGCCCUACGUGGACAUAAACACCCUGUACAAUCUGGACCGCGAGCUCGGCCGCGGCCAGUUCGGGGUCACCUACCUCUGCACCGACCGCUCAACCGGCCUCCAGUACGCGUGCAAGUCCAUCUCGCGGCGCAAGAUGGUGACCCAGAAGGACAUCGACGACGUCCGGCGAGAGAUCCUGAUGCUGGAGCACCUGUCCGGGCAGCCCAACAUCGUGGAGUUCAGGGGCGCGUACGAGGACAAGCAGUAUCUGUACCUGGUCAUGGAGCUUUGCUCCGGCGGCGAGCUCUUCGACCGGAUCAUCGCCAAGGGGUUGUACUCGGAACAAGAGGCAGCGAGGAUCGGGCGGCAGGUGGUGAACGUGGUGCACGUGUGCCACUUCAUGGGGGUGAUGCACCGCGACCUCAAGCCCGAGAACUUCCUGCUCGUCAGCAAGCGUGAAGACGCCCCUCUCAAGAUUAUCGACUUCGGCCUCUCCGUUUUCAUCGAACCAGGGAAGGUGUACAGGGACAUCGUGGGAAGUGCGUACUAUGUUGCGCCGGAGGUGUUGAAUCGAAACUACGGGAAGGAAAUCGACGUCUGGAGCGCAGGCAUCAUCUUAUACAUCCUUCUUGGCGGUUCACCUCCCUUCUGGGCAGAGAACGAGAAGGGCAUAUUUGAAUCGAUUAUGGAAGGCAAGCUGGAUCUAGAAAGCGCUCCGUGGCCAUCCAUUUCCGCUUCCGCGAAGGAUCUCAUCUUGAAAAUGUUGAUGAGGGAUCCUAAGAAAAGGAUCACCGCUGCGGAUGCCCUUGAACAUCCUUGGCUUCGGGAAGAUGGGGUAGCAUCUGAUAAACCUAUUGACAAUGCUGUCUUGCGGAGGAUGAGGCAAUUUAGAGCGUCGAACAAGCUGAAGAAACUUGCUCUGAAGGUAAUUGCGCAAAACCUCUCGGAAGAAGAAAUCAAGGGCUUGAGACAAAUGUUCAAUAACAUGGACACCGACAGAAGUGGUACGAUCACAUUCGAAGAAUUUAGAACCGGAUUGUCUAGGUUGGGAUCAAAGCUCACUGAACCAGAAAUAAGGCAGCUAAUGGAUGCUGCCGAUGUCGAUAAGAAUGGGACUAUCGAUUACACCGAAUUCAUCACUGCCACGAUUAACCGCCACAGGCUUGAGAAGGAAGAUAAUCUGUUAAAGGCUUUCCAAUACUUCGAUAAAGACAGCAGCGGGUUUAUCACGAGAGACGAGCUGAGACACGCUAUGGCACAAUACGGAAUGGGGGACGAAGACACCAUAGACGAGAUCAUCGAGGAUGUCGACACCGACAAAGAUGGGAAUAUCAACUAUGAGGAGUUUGUGGCCAUGAUGAGAAGAGGAACUCAAGAUCAUAAUGGAAACGGGAGUUAGGAAGAAAGGUAGAUGAAUGAUUAUUUGCUCUCCUCUUGUACAUUCAUCUCCAUAAUAAGCCUGGACAAUUCCCGAAUUAUUCUGUUGAAUAAGAUUGCUGAUCAUCGGAGAAUUUGAAUGUCGAAUAAAUAUAUUCCCUUCUGCAUUCUUUUUGUGUGAUAUAUAUAAUUUUCCUUUUGACAAGUUAAAGGGCUAACGAUCCCUUUAAACAUUACUAUAAGGGUCGCACAUCCACUAUAAAAUAUUCGGAUUGAGUCGUAA